CUGGUUCACUGAAACUUUGGAACUGGUUCGCUGGCAAUCGAACUCAAGUGGCAACUCCCUGACUGACGUUGCCAGGCUGUCCAGUCACAGUGUGGCCAGAUCGCAGCGACGGCAGUGCAUUUUCAACAAAAAUAAGUUGAAAACUACGUGUUGCAACAACAAAGGCAGCCCAAAAGUGCAACCGACCUAACGGGAGUUGCUCCUCUACAUAUAGAUAAUAACCGAGAGAUAUCCGGGAGAUAAUCCAGCAUGGCGGAUCCAGAGCGACAGAGCCUGAUCAACAAGGACGACGGCAAUGGCUACAACUCCGUGGACGCCGUGGACGAGGGCACCGACAAUCCCGGGAGCAGCUCAUCGGUGGCCACCAACGAGGACGGCAAUGCAGCACCGACGGCGGUGCCUUGCAUUGGACCCGACGAGCUGCCGCCGCCGUAUCAACAGAGCACUAAUACCGGAGGCGUGCCCAUGGUGACCUGUCGGGUAUGUCAGCACAUGAUUGACAUCACCACGAAGCGGGAGCAGCACGUGGUCAAGUGCACCCACUGCAAUGAGGCAACUCCCAUUCGAAAUGCUCCGCCGGGCAAGAAGUACGUUCGCUGCCCAUGCAACUGUUUGCUUAUCUGCAAGAGCUCCUCGCAGCGCAUCGCUUGUCCAAGGCCCAAUUGCAAGAGGAUCAUCAACCUGGCCCCGAGUCCCGUCACCCCGCCCGUGCCCACCAUGCCGGGCAUGUGCCGCGUCACCUGUGGCCAUUGUUCGGACACGUUUUUGUUCAACACGUAUCACAAUGCCCUGGCCCGCUGUCCACACUGCAGGAAGGUCUCGUCGGUGGGUUCGCGCUUCGCCAAUAGCCGCGGCGUGAUGUUUGCCAUAGUGGCGCUGGUGUUCCUCAUCGCAGGCAUCGGCGUGACCGUCGGCACAUACUCGAUUGCUUCGGAUCACGGCGGCAUGUACUUCCUCUAUGUGGCACUGUUCGUGAUCGCGGGGUGCAUGCUGGCCCGCUCCGCCUACUAUUUCCGCCUUAAAGUGAGCGCCAUCGAUGGGCCAAUGUAAAGCUAAAGCACGGGGCCAGCAGCAAAGGAAGUGCAUUGUUUUAUUUUUAUAUAUAUAUUAUUCAUAUAUAUCAUUCCUUUUGAUAUUAAAUUUAACUAAACAAAAGCA